CGAGAGAUGUUAGAGAGCAGCCAUCAUCAUUUCACACUAAUUCAUGUCCAGCCUGAAACAGUAAAAGGUGAGACGACAAGGAACCGGGAAACUAGGAUGGAGUAACUUGGUGAAGAGUCCUCAGCUUGUCCCUGUCCCGGUCUCGUCCCGUCCUCUUCUGUUGUUUCCCAACUCAACCAGGAAGGCUUCAAACAGCACCUGGUGUGACCUUUGCUGUCUGCAGCUUGUGACACGGGGGAGCAACAAACCUGCUUCUUGGGGUCGCAGGAGCACAGUGGAGGAGCGGCUCUGAGGCUGAUUACUCCCCCCAUUAGUCUUUGAGGAGGGGGGAGGAGGAGGAGGAGGAAGAGGGGAGCUGCUAUAACCAUCCAGAGCAUGGGGCAAAAAGUCCCAGGUGGCAUUAAAACCAUUGAUAUGCGGGAUCCGGCGUUCAGCCCCCUGAAGCUGGAGCUUCAGGCCCUGAGUCACACCAAGCCGUCUCGACUGGACCUGCUGCUGGACAUGCCGCCCGCCGGCGUGGACGUCCAGGUCCAACACUCGUGGAACAACGACGACCGCUCUCUCAACAUCUUCGUCAAGGACGACAACAAGCUGGUGUUUCACAGGCACCCCGUGGCGCAGAGCACGGACGCCAUCCGGGGCCACGUCGGCUACACGCGGGGACUGCACGUGUGGGAGAUCAGCUGGGCCAUGCGUCAGAGGGGCACGCACGCCGUGGUCGGAGUGGCCACGACCGACGCCGCGCUGCACUCGGUGGGCUACACGGCAUUGGUAGGGAGCAACGCCGAGUCCUGGGGCUGGGACCUGUGCAGGAGUAAACUCUACCACGACGGCAAGAAUCACCCAGGAAAAACCUACCCGGCCUUUCUGGAGCCAGACGACACCUUCAUCAUACCCGACUCCCUUUUAGUAGUGUUGGACAUGGACGAGGGGACGCUGGGUUACAUAGUGGACGGACAUUAUCUAGGGGUGGCGUUCAGAGGACUUAAGGGCAGGAAGCUGUACCCGGUGGUGAGCGCCGUGUGGGGACACUGUGAAAUAAGAAUCCGGUACAUAAAUGGACUUGAUCCUGAACCCCUCUCUCUGAUGGACCUGUGUAGGCGUUCGGUGAGGGUGGCGUUAGGAAGAGACCGUCUGGGUGAAAUCCAUAGACUGCCCCUGCCAGCUUCUCUCAAGAACUACCUGCUCUACCAAUGACGGCGCCGACGCUCUCGACACCCUCAGCACACUCUUGUCUCUCUCUCUUUCUCUCUCCCUCUCCCUCUCUCAUGUUUCUCUGGGAUCCUUCUGGGGUUGAACCCGUUUGACAACAUUGUUCGAGCCUCCAGGACUGACUCAGCCUUCAACAAGUAUGCUUCUGUGUCGGUGGCUGGACGCCUUCUGAGCUUCUUAUCCUGUUUUUAAGACUCUUUGCAAUUGUAUUCUCUAACUUUAUGAAAUCAGGAAUCACUGAGCACUAUGCACACGCUGAUCCGGACGAUGCCCUGACGGUCACCGUGUUGGCGCACCUCCUUCCGUCAUACUUGCCAACCCUUGCCAGGAUUUUCCCCGGGCGACUCAAGCCCUCUCCCGGUUUCCUCCCGGUGUCACACUUCUCCCGUUUUUCUCAACCUGUUUCUGGCGCUGUACAGCGUUUAUAAGCCGUGCUGUUUCCACUCGGAUGACAAUACAGCUACACCAAAUUCCCAGAGGAAGAAAGCUGCUGGUGACCACGUGACGCUCACCGCACAAAACAGCAUGCAGCGCCCAAAGUUGGGCUUUGCUCGACGCAUUGAAAAGCCGUCAUGGCGCGCUGCAAACAAUUAGACAUAACGGGUUUCAGAGCACAGUGGUGCCGUUGUUGUGUUGUGUCUGAAACGACCUUCAGUGAGUGAGAAAUAAAUACUAAAGCAGCGGCAACAAAAUGAAUGAAUGAAUAAAAACUAUUAGUUCACGCCAGAGGGCUGAAUUAUUCCGUUUUCUUUCCUGAGAAUUAAAAGUAAAAUUAAAAGUAGGCCUAUUUAACAUAAGAAUGCUGUCGCAGUGUACUUAACAUUUAGUUAUUUUCAUCCUAUAAAAGCCACCAGAAAGCAGGAAACAAAUUCUCUGCAACUCCAUUUUUUCAGGGGGAGAACCCUAUUUCUGAGGUCUCAAGGUUGGCAAGUAUGCCUCCAUUUUGUAGGUUAAUGUGGUCGGUAUCUCUGCUGUGACUUUAUGAUUAUGAAUUUCUAUCUCGUAGCCUUUUUAAAUUGAUGUUAUUGGUUGUUGUGCUGAAACUAAAAUUGUGUGAUGGAAACUGGUGCAGAAAAGCAACGCCAGCAUCCGACCACAAGGUGGCAGCACACACACACGCCAACCUGUCCAUCCUCUCAAACGGAGAAGAUGAAAUCCUUGUUGCUUUUAGAAAUCAUGUAUUUUUUUAAAUAGAUAGUUAAUAAAAUUGCGGUUCACACAACACAGACAGGAGAUGCUGACCACUCCAGAGUGAGUCUAGCAGUAGUGCAUUGUGGGUGGAUGCACUGUGAGGCAGCUGAAGAGCAGCUCCGACCGUUCGCUGCACUGCAUCAGGUUUCUCUGCGUUAUGGAAGCGCGCCCUCCUUCGCUCACCGUCACGGCAUCCGACGGGAACACCAUCAGCAGAAAUAUUAACGGAAGGAUAAUGUCACUGUGAUUAUUUGUAGCAUGCAUCUGCAGGAAAUCUCUCUCAAUACAAUCACAACGUCUUUUUAAAAAAACAUCUUUUCUGUCACUCCUGCUUUUUGUAGUGCGGUAGUUUUCAACCACAUGCUGUCGGGACCCAAGAGUGCUGUUUCCUUUUUUUAAAUUCAACCAGUCUUUCCAUCAGCUGAUCUCACUGGUUUGCACACAUUCAGCAACAGAAUGGAAACUAACCAAUGAAACAUCCACUGAAGUGGUUCUUUAUAAUGAAAACCUGCUACUCUUGGGUCUCACUGGCAGAUAGCUGAGAACCAUUGAUGUAAUGUCUGUGUGUUUUAUCACAUGUAAAAAGGGGGUUUCGGGGAACAAUAGGUGAACGGCGUUUGUGCCUGAAUCCGCUUCAAACUUCAGAUUUAAGGCACCAAAAAGACAAUCCACAAAGUGCUGCACAACAUGUAAUAAAAACGAGAUCAGAUUGCCAACAUAUUGUCAUCUGCCAUAUCAUCGACCUGUUGACUAGUAUUUUUAAAAUGUGCAGACGUGGUCCUCGGACACACGCUGUGCCACACCUUACUUUCCUCGCUUGCAGCUUCCAUUUUAUUUGUAUUCCUUGUUGUAGGUUUGUUUGUAAGUAUCUAUUAAAGUUUAUUUCAAAGUAUAUAUAU